AUAAUACGUUUACGGUCUUUCAUUAUAUACACACAUAUAUUUAUAUAAACAUUGCGUGUCUUCAAUAUAACAUAGGUUCCUAUUACAGCAUUCGGCUGGGAGUCUGCAAGUGAUCUGCAGGAGUGUGUAAGGCACUUCCUGAGUGAGAUCUCUGCAGAUUCUUAUUGUGAUCAUUGCAUGCAGAGGAGGAGGUGGAGGAAAAGAGGAGGAGGGAGAGACAGACAGCACUGUGCUCACAGCCUCCGUUUGCAACAAUAGAGUGGGCUGGAAAUCUUUUCCAAACCCCCCUUUGUAACAUCAGUCCCUGCUCUGAUUCUGCAGGCACUUCCAGGUUUUGCAUUGUACUCCCAUGGCUGGGGAAGAGGACACUCUAGUGGAGGCCGGGGUCUGACUCUUCACUCUGAGCGGAUGAUGGAGACCAGCUCUCUCCUCAAUGGCUUUGCCCCCAGCGGGCAGAGUGAGGCUGAACUCACCCAUCUGUGCCGGAGCCUGGAAGUGGGCACAGUAAUGACACUUUUCUAUGCUAAGAAGUCACAAAAGCCGGAGAGGAGAACCUUCCAGGUCAAGUUGGAGACCAGACAGGUUACAUGGAGCCGAGGAGCCGACAAGGUGGAGGGGGCAGUGGAUAUUCGAGAAGUGAAGGAGAUACGGCCGGGCAAGAACUCUCGGGAGUUUGACCGUUACCAAGAAGAUCCCACUGUGCGCCUGGAACCAGCUCACUGUUUUGUUAUUCUGUAUGGAACAGAGUUCAGACUAAAAACAUUAAGCCUUCAAGCAACGUCAGAGGAGGAAGUGAACAUGUGGAUUAAAGGGUUAAAUUGGUUGCUCCAGGACACCCUUCAGGCUCCCACCCCCCUGCAAAUAGAGAGGUGGUUACGGAAGCAGUUCUACUCCUUAGAUCGAAACCGAGAAGACAGGAUUUCCGCCAAGGAUUUGAAGAAUAUGCUGUCUCAGGUCAACUACAGAGUCCCUAACAUGAGGUUUCUGCGUGAUCGUCUAACUGAAGUUGAACAGAGGAACAGGGAGAUUAACUAUGCACAGUUUGCCCAGCUGUAUCGCAGCCUGAUGUACAACGCACAGAAGAAUAUGCCACUUCCCUUUCUAGAGAGAGGAGGAGAGCGGCCUGAGUUGUACAGGGUAUCACUUCUGGACUUUCAGAGUUUUCUACUUGAUUAUCAGAAGGAAAUGUGGGCAACUGACCUGCUUCAGGUCCAAGAAUUCAUGUUACAUUUCUUGCGGGAUCCGUUAAGGGAAAUUGAGGAGCCGUACUUCACUCUGGAAGAGUUUGUUACCUUCCUGUUCUCCAAGGAGAAUAAUGUAUGGGAUUCAGAGUUGGACACUGUGUGUCCUCACAACAUGGACAAUCCCUUGUCUCAUUACUGGAUCUCCUCUUCUCACAACACGUACCUGACAGGGGAUCAGUUCUCAAGCGAGUCCUCUCUGGAAGCAUAUGCACGCUGCUUGCGUAUGGGUUGCCGUUGUAUAGAAUUGGAUUGCUGGGAUGGGCCUGAUGGAAUGCCAGUCAUUUAUCAUGGACACACACUGACCACCAAAAUAAAGUUCUCAGAUGUCUUGCUCACCAUUAAAGAACAUGCUUUUGUCACCUCUGAAUAUCCAGUGAUCUUGUCAAUUGAAGAUCAUUGCAGCAUUGCCCAGCAGAGGAACAUGGCACAUCAUUUCAAGAAGGUGUUUGGUGACAUGCUACUAACUAAGCCUGUAGAUGUAAAUGCAGAUGGGCUCCCCUCACCCAACCUGCUCAAACGCAAAAUACUUAUCAAGCACAAGAAGCUGGCAGAGGGCAGCACUUAUGAGGAGAUCCCAACUUCCACUGUGUACUCAGAGAAUGACAUCAGCAAUUCAAUAAAAAAUGGCAUCCUAUACCUGCAGGAUCCCAUCAACCAUGAAUGGUACCCACACUUCUUCGUGCUAACCAGCAGUAAGAUCUAUUACUCUGAGGAGACUUCAGAUGGCCAGACCAAUGAUGAUGAGGAAGAGCAGAAGGAGACCAGUAAUAGUGCUGAGCUACACUCCACAGAAAAGUGGUUCCAUGGGAAGCUUGGAGCAGGCCGUGAUGGAAGGCACAUAGCAGAGCGAUUGCUGACUGAUUACUGCAUAGAGACUGGGGCGCCAGAUGGUUCCUUCUUGGUGCGUGAGAGUGAGACGUUUGUUGGUGACUACACAUUAUCCUUCUGGAGAAAUGGGAAAGUUCAGCACUGCAGAAUCCACUCAAGGCAGGAGGCCGGAAGUCCAAAAUUCUUUCUAACUGACAACCUGGUAUUUGAGAGUCUGUAUGCUUUGAUCACACACUACCAGCAGAUGCCAUUGAGAUGCAACGAGUUUGAGAUGAGAUUGACAGAACCCGUCCCACAAACCAAUGCUCAUGAGAGCAAGGAAUGGUACCAUGCCAACCUCACACGGGCUCAAGCAGAGCAUAUGCUCAUGAGGGUCCCCCGAGAUGGAGCCUUCCUUGUACGCAAGAGGACCGAGCCUAAUUCCUAUGCCAUUUCCUUCCGAGCGGAGGGGAAGAUCAAGCACUGUCGUGUCCUUCAGGAAGGUCAGAGCGUGGUUCUGGGUAGCUCAGAGUUUGACAGUCUGGUAGAUUUGAUCAGCUACUAUGAAAAGCAUCCUUUGUACCGCAAGAUGAAACUGAGAUACCCUAUUAAUGAGGAAACUCUAGAGAAGAUUGGCACUGCAGAACCUGAUUAUGGAGCUCUUUAUGAGGGAAGGAAUCCAGGCUUCUAUGUAGAAGCUAAUCCUAUGCCAACAUUUAAGUGCUCUGUCAGGGCCCUGUUUGAUUAUAAAGCUCAACGAGAGGAUGAGCUGACCUUCACCAAGAAUGCAGUCAUCCAAAACGUAGAGAAGCAAGAGGGUGGCUGGUGGCGUGGAGAUUAUGGAGGUAAAAAGCAGAUGUGGUUUCCUUCUAACUAUGUGGAAGAGAUUUUAAGUCCAGCGGAGCCCGAGCCUGAACGCCAGCACUUAGAUGAAAACAGCCCUCUGGGAGACCUGCUGGGAGGGGUUUUGGAUGUACCUUCUUGCCAGAUUGCUAUAAGACAUGAAGGUGUGAACAACCGUCCUUAUGUAUUCUCCAUAAACGUGCUAUCAACGACGUGUUGCCCACUCGAUGUGGCAGCCGACACACUUGAAGACAUGCAUGACUGGGUGAGGAAAAUCCGUGAGGCAGCUCAGACGGCAGAUGCACGGCUAACAGAAGGGAAGAUCAUGGAGCGUCGGAAGAAGAUUGCCUUAGAACUGUCUGAACUUGUUAUUUAUUGCCGACCAGUGCCUUUUGACGAAGAAAAGAUUGGCACAGAAAGGGCCUGUUACCGUGACAUGUCAUCCUUCCCUGAAACAAAGGCUGAGAAGUAUGUCAACAAGAUGAAAGGAAAAAAAUUUCUGCAGUAUAAUCGGCGCCAGCUUUCACGUAUCUACCCCAAAGGCCAACGUCUCGACUCAUCUAAUUAUGACCCCAUGCCCAUGUGGAUCUGUGGCAGCCAGCUGGUUGCUCUAAAUUUUCAAACACCAGAUAAGCCUAUGCAGAUGAACCAGGCACUGUUCCAAUCUGGUGGGCGAUGUGGGUAUGUCCUUCAGCCGAACAGCAUGAGGGAUGAUGUAUUUGAUCCAUUUGAUAAAAAUUCCCUCCGAACUCUAGAGCCAGUAAUCGUGUGUGUUGAGAUUUUAGGUGCACGACACCUUCCCAAAAAUGGAAGAGGUAUUGUUUGUCCUUUUGUAGAGGUGGAGGUCUGUGGAGCAGAGUAUGACAAUGCCAAGCUGAAGACCGAGUUUGUAGUGGACAAUGGCCUAAAUCCAAUUUGGCCCCAGAAACCAUUCCAAUUUUUCAUUGCUAAUCCAGAGUUUGCAUUCCUGAGAUUUGUGGUCUAUGAAGAGGAUAUGUUCAGUGAUCAGAAUUUCCUGGCCCAGGCUUGUUUUGUGGCACGAGGCCUUAAAACAGGAUACAGAGCUGUACCUCUAAAAAACAACUACAGUGAAGACUUGGAAUUGGCGUCAUUACUAAUUAAGUUGGACAUCUAUUCUAGCAAGGAGAAUGGUGAAGUUAAUGGAGCCUCCGCUCCACGAGAGCGCAUCAGUGACCCCAUAGCAGGACGAAUGCGGGAAGGAUCCAUAGAAUCAAGAUACCCGUCACAUCAGCUUGAGGAUUUCCGUGUCUCACAAGAGCAAUUAACUGAUCAUUUUGAUAGAGAGCGGAGUGACCUUUCCAAGCCACCAAGCUGACCUGCUUCUGACGUUCUGAAUCUAGCAAGGAAUCAUCAUUGAUAUCAUCCCUGACCUAGUCAGAGGUUCCUGUAUUAUAUGAAUAUGCACAGCAAAUAUAUCUACAAUUAAGCACUGUAUUGCAAAAGAUCUUCAUAAUCGAAAUAAAUGAGCUUUUCAAUCCACUGUCAUUUUAUUAGCAAAAUUUGCCAAUUUUAACUUAUCCAGAGCAAUCCAAGGAUACAUCCCUUGCAGGGUCGGCUCCAAGGGGGGGCAUUGGGGGGCAAUGCCCACCCAAAUAGAAUGCUGUACCUCCUCAAAAAAUAUUGAUAUGAUCAUACGCUUUAAAAAUAAUAAAUCAAAUAAUGAAUUGUUAUGUAAUGCUGCAUGCUGGGGGCAGAGUUAGCUGCUAAACUGUGAGGAUGCAUCACGCAUCUGCAAGGAGCUCUGUGUCUUAACCUCUUAUUUGGAAUUGGAAGUUAAUUAGAGACUUUUUGGACUUGUCUUUAACCCUAUCAAUUUUACCUAACUAUCGUGAGUUACUCCUUUUCUUUAACAAUAGACCAUGAUAAGAAUAUGAUUGUAUCAUAUAAAUAUGUCUAUAAAUGGCUACCGGCUUCUAUCGAUGCCUUAAAAGUGCACUGUAAUCUUUUGACUCUCAUACAUGCUUUGUAAAUGUGUCCCCCCUCGUGAAAGAAAAAGCCCCCCCCAUUUCAUUCGUUCUGGAGCCAACCCUGAUCCCUUGAGAACCCUACAGAAUAUGUCUACAUGUCUUGUUUGCUGUUGGCAGUCAGAAGCCAUAUGUAAAUGAAUGUGUGCACUGCUCCUAUCAGUCUCAGUGUGGGAUAUAAACAGGUUUGGCAGGCUGCAGUAUAUCUAAAGAGCAUAGCAUUUAACCAUGUUUUGGUUCUGUACUUUCGCAAGCACACUGUAACAUGCCUUACAGUACAAACAAUAGGCUGCUUUUAAAAAAACAAAAUGGAAAAUAGAGAAUAGUAACAUUUUAUAUGUUAUAGGUGCUGCACUCAGAACAUACUUAAACACUGGUACACCAGUUGGCAUCUGUCUAAAAAUUAGCAUAAAGUGAGUGCACAAUAUGCUGAUUAUAGAGUUAAAAAUACUGUAAAAACCUUUGGUAUAGCCUCAUCAUACUGUCCCCUAUUAAGUAGGCCCUCCAGCCUUUUCGGGGGAGUUGAAAUAUGCAGUUUUUAAAGAAAAAUUACAGCGGUAGAUAGAAAAAUAAUAAAUAUACAUUAAACUUAAAAUGAAAUCACACGCAAUAUUUAAUUAUGUACAGUAUAUUAAAAUGCAAUAUCCUUUUAAUGGUUAGAAGCAGCUCUGUAUUUACAGACCAUGCAAAAUAGUAGUAAUAGGCUGAGAGAAAAAGAGCCUGGUUCACUAAAAACGGGGGCAUGUUAAGAUAAAGGAAAUAAAUCUCACUAUAAGAGCAUGGGCCGAACAUAUUUUGCUAUUUUGAUUGCUGAAGAGAUCCAGUUAUAAUAGAUCUGCUAAAGAUUUCUUUUGCUUUCACAGAAACCUCAGGAAAACUCGUCUGAGUGGCGACAAUAGACUGUAGGAAAAAUGUUUCACUCUUGCUCUACGAGAUUUCAGUGGAGUGGUUCGGGAUUCUGAAUUUGUUCCAUGAGAGAAGUACGUGUGAGCUGGGUGCUCAGCUAGACUGAUUAUAAUGGACAUGUGCAUUCUCACACGUUUGCUCGGCCUACAAAUACAGAGAAUCAAAACUGUUUCCAGCAAGGGAACUAUUUACCUGCAACAAAGACUCUAGAACCUUUAUGUAUAAAAUAGUGUACAUUUGUUGGAUGCUUGGCAAAGAUUGGGAAUUUAUUAAUCCCAUUUACAGGCAGAAGUAGAUACUCCGUUGCUUCUUUUUAGUAUCAAUCAUUUAUAAAACUGUGAAAAGGAGGAGGCUUAGGCGUUUCAUACUUUUAGUAUUCCAGUCACCAAUGUCUUGCAGUUAUAUGGCAUUGUGUGAUUUUAUUUUUUUGUUUCAUUCCAAAAAUCAAUCCAUGACUGCUGGAAUUUUUUUUUAAUUUAAAAAAAAAAAAAAAAAAAAAAAAAAAGUGUAGUCAUUUUUCUUGUGCUGUUCCACCAUAAAACAUGACCCCUUGGGUUAAGUGCUUUACAUUUUUAUCCACCACAGUGUUACGGGAUUGGGUGUUUUUAAGACACAAAUUCUGCACAAGUGUGUUCUAAUCCAGCAUCACAAAAAAAAACCCAGUUUUCAGCACUUGAGGACAUAGUAUUCUGAAGGUAAAUCUUGUCCUUAGACAAAAGGCAGCUAUAACCGUGUAGUUUAUAGUAAGCUGCUACACAAAGUCAUCGUAUUCGCGUUUGGAAGCAAAUGCUAGUAAAGGCCUUUUCAAAAACCGUGUGCAAUAUAAAUGUUUGUAAGUGUAAAUUGCUCAAAACAGGUUUGUUUUGCAAUUUUUGUUUUUAUAUUUUACCAAAACCCUAAAUAAAAACUAGCUAAAUUUCUGUCAAAGUAAAAUUCAUCAGGGCUAUGAUCUUAAUAAAAAUCUAUUUUAAUGUGCAUGGGAAAAUAACCAGCAGGAAUGUUCAUAUGUGCAUAAAUAUAAUUUCAAGUAGAAAAAAAGUCUUAUUUAACUGUGCAGUUUUGUCACCUCAGGGUACUGUUGGCUAACGUCCCAGUUGAUUUUAUUAAACGAUUAUGGGGGAAGCCUGCUCAUAAUUGCCUUUUGGCAUUAGUCUUUUCCUAAACUUUAUUUAUUUUAAAUAUGUCACACUUCACAAGAGUAGGUCUGCAUAAGCUGGAAGGUCAAGCAAAAAUGAGAAUUCCUAAUGAAUAUUCUAUUCCAGCUAGUAAAAGAGCACAUGCUAGUUGACUAGGGCCAAGUCACCAUAUAAUUUGUAUGACUUGCAGCAAAUACAUAAAUUCUGAUUAAUAUAAUUGAAGGUUUCAUGAGUAAAAUACAGCUUUUUGGUCAUUUAAAGGGACAGUAAACACCCUGAAAUUUUAUAUAUAUUGUUUAGUUAUGUAUAGCAAAACAAAAUUGCAAUCUACUUUUAUUGUGUAAUUUUCCUCCUGUUCAUGCCAUUUUAGCUGUGAACUUUAAUUUAAUUCAUAGCUGGAAAUGCAUCCUGCAGACGUCUUAAGGGUAAACCUGCUACAUAUGUUUCCCUAAUUGGCUUUAACUGACAACUGCAAAGCAAUGCACUUUAUACUAACACAAUGACAGUGGCUAGCCUUAUUUGCAGACUUAAGCUUGGAUUGGCUCUUUCAAGUAAUGCAAGGGGUGGGUAGAGUGUGGCUGUUAAAAAAAACCUAAUGCAGGAAACCAGAUGUUUUUAAAAAUAAAAUGUUUAGUCUGAAAUAAUAAAAAUGUACACUGUCCCUUUGACCACAAUGUAAGGCUCUUAUUAGUGUUUGAGUCUGUAUGAAAUUGCUCACACGUCUGUACCUUUUUAAAAGUGCAUAUUGUGUAAAACUUGUACAGCAAAUAGAUGUCUCUUAUCAGUUUUCCUUCUUUUAUUGUUAUUCACUUAACAAAGUACUAGCCAUGUAUUUGGUAUUUCAGACCAGUACUGACAUUUGAUUUUAAAUGGAAAUAAUCAUUUAAUAAUAAAAUACUACUAGAGGAUUGUAUUAUUGCACAAAUUCCUGCAUGCAUCUUUCACAAAGUGGUUAAAAUAUAUUUAAAGUCUGCUUAGGAGCCACAGUGCAUUGCCACUUAAGCAGGGCACAGCUAGUGAGGCAAUCCGGCACACUCACUGGCUGUAAUCUUUGUUGGUGUUGAACAGUGUUACAUGUAAGCAUUUGUGCAAUAACAUACUCUAGCGUUGUGUUUCUCAACUGCGGUCCUCAAGUACCCCCAACAGCCUAGGUUUUCAUUAUAGCUGAACCAGUGCACAGCUGUAGUAAUCUGCUGAUUAGUAACCAUGGUUACUAACCUGCUUUCACCUAUAUGAUUAUUAUUUCAGCUAUAAUGAAAACCUGGCGCUAUUUUAUUAUUGUGUUAUGUCCCAUUAAAUGGCAUGUUUUAAACCCUUUCAUUGAUUUGUCCACAAAACAAAACAACAUUCUGCCAGAGAGGACUGUAAUGCUUUGCUCUUUUGCAGGCAGCCAAGAAGUUUAAUUAUUUUUGUAUUAAGCAAAUAUUUGUGUUGGUAAAAGAGUACAUAUGCGGAGAGAGAUUUUUUUUUUUUUCUCCCUUGGAAGGAUCUGAUGUUUUUCAAGGCCAUGCCUCUUAACACUGAAAAGAACACUAACAUAUCUUAAAGGGACAUUAAACACUACAUAAAUGCUGCCAUGUUGUAACUUAGGUUACUUUCUCUGCUGUGGCCAAUUAGGGACAGUUAUAAAUAGGUCACUAGAGUGUGCAGCCAAUGGCUGUGCAGAAUAUAACAGUGUUCUGCACUUCCAUUUCUAACAGGAACUGAAUUGCUCCAAAUUUGAGAAUGGAAUUACAGUGAAAGGGGACAAAAUAAAUAAGGAAAGUAUAUUGCAGAGUUUUUUUUUAUAUAUAAGAUGUAUCAUUUGAUAUUACCAUCUUAAAGUGCUUAAUGUCCCUUUAACAACUAUAGUAACACUUUUUGCUGCAGUUUGACAGUCAAUCCACUGAACAUUAUACCUAAGCUAUAAAAGAGGGAGCAGACAAAACCUCUUAUAUCUGAUCAUUUUAAUUUUUUGCUAAUAAGGUCUGAUUUUAUUUGACAAACUACAGUACAUACAGUAUGAAAGGGCAAUUAUGAUAGUUACAUGCGCUAAUUUGUUACAUAACAAAUUAGCACAUGUAGUUGCAUUACUGUAAAGGCCCUUAAAGAUAUUCCUCACAUUUUUAAGUAACCUACAUUGUCAGCUUGGUGAUUGCAGUCAUAAAUACCAAGCUGAGGCUGGAAAAAAAAUAAUUCAAAAGCAAAUGAUAAACAUAUAUGGUCUUAAUUUAUCAAGCAGGGGCGUACAUAUUCGCCCCUGUCCGCCCAAGCUCUCCUCUGCCCGAAUUUAACAUUGCACAUGAGCGCUAUUUUGCUAUUUAGUGGAAUCCAGCCCCCUGCCCAUGCACAGCCUAUCACGCGUGUUGCAGGUGGAGAAGAGGGUAGGAAGAUCUGAUGACCGCUGCUUGAUAAAUCCUGACUGCAGGUUCUCUUGUGAGAUUGUGCAGUCGUAGUUACAAUGGGCUUGAAUUAUCAAACCUUCUCCUCCCAACAUUUUGACAACUGCCCUGUAACGAAUAUUUCAGUAUUCUGGUGUUGUAUACUAUGAAAUGUGCCUUGGUGGCUGCAGAAGCCACUUACUUAGAUGCAGAUUAGACUGGUAAAUUGAGUAUUGUUAAUUUCCAUACAUGGAGCUGUCCAUCUAUUAGCUGCAUCAUCUGACUCCACUAUUAAAAAGGAUCUCUGUGCU